GUUGAAAAACUGACAAACACGUAUUCUGAUGGUUUGUCCGGAAUUGUUGGAAUUGAAUUAUCGGAUGAAACUGUUAUACCAGUAUGUUUAGGAAAUGAUACUGUGGAGAUGGAUUAGAGUAAUCAUACUCCUGAAAUGUUAAAAACACCUAUUCAUAACGCACUUCUUAUUUCUGACAAAGAAAUUCCAAAUACCAGUGAACAUCUUAACAGUCAAAAGACAUCUGACAGCCCACCCGUCAUACAGCAACCAAGAAACAAUUCAUGGAGUAGUAGAAGACGACCAGUUUUGCAUAAAGCGAGUAAAUCUUCAGCUAGUGCUACAUUUGAAUUACUUGCUGAGAAGAAAAUGGAAUUAGUUGGGAAGCAGAUGGAAAUGGAGAAAAUAAAAACAGCUUAUUUACAAGAAAAGAAUCAACUGGAAAUAGAUAUCCUAAAGUUGCAAAAGGAAGAGACACAAUUAAAGAUAGAUUUAUUAAAAAAACAAUUAUUAAAGUCAUAA